AUGGAUACCAAAACUGAGCUCAUGGCGUUCAUGACAAUUUUACGACAUUCUCUUCACCUCGGAAUCAUGGAAUGGAUGACAAACACAAGUAUUUCAACCCAGUCAAGGAUGUUUGUUGCCUGGUCGGUAUUUUUAGUUGAGGUCUUUGAAAGAAUUGGAUUGACUCGAUUACCUGGUGAAGGAGAAGCCUUUAUUCCAACUGAGUUUAUUAAUGCAGGAUUCGAGGACACAUCUUGUCUUGACGAUUGUACAGAGACAAACAUCUUGGCAUCCGAAAAGUUUGAUGCGAAUAAUAUCACAUUUAGCCAGUAUAAGAACCACACCACUGGAAGGACUGCAGUGUGGGUCACCCCACAGGGAUCCCUGUUACAAUGCAGUGAUACCUAUCCAGGAACAAUUUCAGACAAUGAUAUCACAGAACAGUGUGUAGUGCUUGAUAUGGUGAGGAGAGGAAGUGUUGUAUUGACUGACAAGGGAUUUGGCAUCACAGAAAUGUGUCUUCAGAAAGGCUUGCAUCAUAACCGACCACCUUUAAAGUUUGAUGCUCAGUAUGAUGAGUUAGAGAUCAGUAAAAACUUUGAUAUUGCCACCCUGAGAAUCUACAAUGAAAACUACAUAGGGAGAAUGAGAGACUGGGCCAUUAUCAAUGCAUACUGGCCUUCCAGUAGAAUCGAUCUUCUGGCUAUGUGCACAUAUUACUUGCACACAUUGUAA